AUGGUCCCAGACGACUCCGACCUCAUUGAUGCUGCGAGUGUCCCCGCGUGUGGAGAGACCAUGCGGCCCAGCUCGCCGCGCGCCGUGCGCGCGCCGUCGCUGCGUCUCGCGCACGACCUGGUGCCUGUGUCAAAUCGCUUUUGGUUCGGUAUUUUUGCCGACACGCUGCCGGAUGCCGACGAGCUGAAUGCGGGCGAUGGUCUGCAUGCAGCGGUGCUACCGGCGGAUGUGCCGCUCUCACAGCAGCCCACGAAGCUGCAGUGGUUCUGCAUUGACGAGGACCUCGUGUACCUGAGCUUCUCGAACGACUGGGGGCCGCUGAAUGUCGCCAUGUUCUACCGCUUCUGCGUGCAUGUCCACCAGAUGCUCAUCGACCCCGCGAUGCAGGACACGCACCUCGCGCUGUACACCAACACGCACCCCCACCACAAGGCGAAUGCGGCGCUGCUGUGUGCCCUCUACGCCCUGACCAUUGACCACAUCUCGCCGGCGGACGCCUUCUUCCCGUACAGCGAGAUGGAGCUGAUGCCAUUCCGCGACGCGGGCUACGGCCGCGCCGACUACUGCCUGACGAUCCAGGACAUCCUGUACGGCGUGCGCCGCGCCCUCGACUGCGGCCUGCUCGAUCUCACGACGUUCGACCUGGCCGCCUACGAGCACUACGAACAGGUGCAGCAUGGCGAUUGGAACUGGAUCACGCCCCACUUUCUCGCGCUCGCAAGCCCGAAAGACCGCGCGUACAUGGCCGCUCUCGCGGCCGGCGGCCCCGCCGCCGCCAGCGCCGCCGCCCGCGCUGCGGCGCGCGUGGCGCCGAAUCCCAUGCUGCGCCACACGGUCGACUACUUCCAGGAGCACAAGGUCGGCCUCGUGGUGCGCCUGAACAAUCCGCUGUACCUCCGCGACGUCUUCGAGAACGCGGGCAUCGAGCACCUCGAACUCUACUUUGACGAUGGCUCCAAUCCCUCGGAGGACAUUGUGCGCACCUUCAUCCACGAGGCGGACCGUGUGAUUGAGAGCGGCCGCGCCAUCGCGGUGCACUGCAAAGCGGGCCUCGGACGCACCGGCGUGCUGAUCGGCGCCUACCUCGUGUGGAAGCACGGCUUUACCGCGAGCGAGGUCAUUGGGUACAUGCGCCUCAUGCGCCCCGGGUGCGUCGUGGGGCCACAGCAGCACUUUAUGUACGAGCAGGCCGCCACAUGGCUGCGCUGGGGCGUCGAGGACCGCCUGCGGGCCGAGCUGGCCAAGGAGCCCACCUUGGCGCCGGUGCCGGUGCCGCGCACGCCCGCGGCGCCUACGCCCACGACGAAGCCGACGCCCUGUGUCGGGCAGCCGCGCAAGAGCCCCAGCCCCAAGCGCCGGCGCGUCGCGCUGGGCGCGGCGACCGACAGUACGCCGCGCGUUGCGUCGGACGAGCACGACGCCAAGGCAGUCGCCGAGCAGCUCGAGAGUGACACGGCGCCCCGGACCGACGCGGAGGUGCUGGGCGUUGUGCCGCGACCAGCGCCGGACGCACCUGCCUCGCCGACGGCGACGGCGGCCGCGAAUGCUGCGCGCCUUUCCGAGACAGCGCACACGCCGUCGCGUGUGCGCCGCGUCAUGACGCCCGCGCAGCCAGCCACCACACGCGUGGCGCGCUCGCCCACCGCCAAGCCGGUGCUGGCUCGCCCGGCGGUGCGUGCGGUGCGCCCUGCUGGCGCCGAGAACCGCCCGCCGGCGCCGCGCACAGCGCGAGCUCGGCCGCGGCCGUAG